AUGGCUCCUCAAGAAAUUGAUUUAAUCCCAUUCUUUUUCAUCAUCCUCUCUUUUGUUUCCUGCAGUUUACAAGACAUCCCACUCAACAAGUAUGUUGAGGAAGCAUCUCAAUUCGGUUCCCAAGCUUAUCCUUCAUACUUCGACAUGAUCGAUGAUGGCGGUAACUUCUCCAAAGACUUGAUCAAGCAAAGUUCAGACGUCCUAAGUUUGAAGAGCUUCGAUAAAGUGGGUGGCACUUCGGCUUCGGUAAAUGUCAAUGAUUUUGGAGCUGAGGGUGAUGGAGAAACUGAUGACACAGAGGCGUUUGAGAAGGCUUGGAAGGUCGCUUGUUCAUCUAAUGAUGAAGCUGUUCUGGUGGUGCCUGAGAAGAUCUAUCGCCUCAAACCAAUUCAAUUUUCAGGCCCUUGCAAAUCUGAAGUCACGGUUCAGAUUCUUGGAACCUUAAAAGCUUCCGAAAAUCUAUCUGACUUCAGCCAAGAUGGUAGACACUGGCUUGUCUUUGACACCGUCCGAAAUUUAUUGGUUGAAGGUGGUGGAGUCAUCAAUGGCAAUGGGGAACAAUGGUGGCAAAACUCAUGCAAAAUCAAUAAAUCUAAGCCCUGCAAGGACGCACCAACGGCACUCAUCUUUCAGAAGUGCAAGAAUUUGAGGGUGAAUAAUCUGAACAUACAAGAUGCGCAACAAAUUCAUGUGUCUUUCCAGAAGUGCAUGAAAGUUCAAGCUUCCAAUCUCUCAAUAAUUGCACCAGAGAAAAGCCCUAAUACUGAUGGAAUUCAUGUCACAGAUACGCAAAACAUACUCAUCACAAACUCUGUUAUAGCCACAGGUGAUGAUUGUCUUUCAAUUGUAAAUGGAUGCGGAAAGGUGCAAGCCACGAACAUUACCUGUGGACCAGGUCAUGGAAUCAGUAUUGGAAGCUUGGGAUCUGGACAUUCAAAAGCUUAUGUUUCAGAAAUUACAGUAAAUGGAGCUAUACUUUCUGGAACCACAAAUGGGGUUAGGAUUAAGACAUGGCAGGGAGGAUCCGGAAGUGCAAGCAACAUCACAUUUGAGAACAUUGAAAUGCACAAUGUUUCCAACCCGAUAAUUAUCGACCAAAACUACUGCGACAGAAAACCUUGCAAAGAACAGAGAUCAGCAGUUCAAGUGGAAAAUGUGGUGUACAAGAACAUUAGUGGAACAAGUGCUUCGGAUGUUGCGAUAAAAUUCGAUUGCAGCAAGAGCUUCCCUUGUAAGGGGAUUGUGUUGCAAGGUAUUAAUCUCCAGCGCGAGGAAGGGAAAGCGGCUAAAGCAUUAUGCAACCAUGUCAAUGUGAAUAGCAUAGGAGAUGUUUCUCCACUUUGCCCUUAG